AUGCUUCUCAUUGGCAUUGGUGGGGCUUCCGGGCUUCCGGCUUGCGUUGCUGAGGUCAAGGCCGGCACUCCGUUGGCCAAGAAGUUGAACGGGAUGCCCUCCAGCCGGCUGCAGCCUAAAAGCUUGGGCGAUCUGGGGUACUUGCUACAAGACUCCUACGAGGCCGAGAUACGUCAGAGUUUGCACCAGGCAGAGGUGAUCGGCCCAGACCGUCUUAUGGCACUCAAUCCUCACAAGGCAUACGUGCUGCCCUAUUUCCGCCGAGAUUAUAAGAAACUUGCUCAGAAACUACAAUUGACGGAGGCCCAACCUCGAGCUGCACAUCGUGGUGUCAUCUCCACCAGGGAUCCGACGAGUGGCGCACGAGUCUACCUGGCAGAUCGCAUGAAAAGUCAGGGAUUGCUCCCAGAUGCCGAGCGUGCCGAGCCGCACCUCCUGCGCCGCAUUGAGAAGGCGCAGCCGGGUGAAUCUUGCGCCAACAUGUGCGCACGGAUUGGAAUGCACUGUGUCGACCUGGAGUUGGAGUUCAUCAACAACUGUGCCGCCCUGAAGCGUGUUUUUCCGUGUGAGGAAGGUUGUGGACAUCAGGUGGGGCAGGAGAUUCCUUGCUAUGUUCACGACAUCAGCAAAGACACCGGCAAGCAGUGCCUGGUCACGGAAGUCGUCUUGACGUUUCGGUCCACAGCGAUUACCAUUCGCAUCAGCAGAGCAGCUUUGAGCAGAUGUAGCGAGCCUCAUCGGUGGCCCGGUGCCGGGAUGUCUCGGCACCGUUGCCGAGAUGCGCCGAACCGCACGUGGCAGUUCCAGAGGCUCUUGGCAGUGAUUGCAGCCCUAAGCUGGAGCAGGAUACAAAACACUUUCAUCGGAAAGGGCUUGGAUGGCCCUGGCCUGUCUCCAGUAGCUCGGAGGCUUGCAGGAAGGCCAAGCUUAAGAGAUCAACAGACGAGAUGGGCAGGAACAUUGACUGAGACACUGCUUGACCAAAGUGCUGACCCCGGUCAAGAUGACCCACACGAGCGAGUGUGGGCCCAAGCCGCGGAGGCUGCCAUCUCUGCGCUCGAGGAAGCGAACGCAUCCACUAUAUUGAUGCCCAGUGGCGCUGGUGAGCUGCAGGUCAGCCUGAAAAUUUUACACACAUAUCUCGGUUUGAAUGGCCGCCCGUCAUUCUUCCGGGCCGCGCUGGCGCUUCCAAACCCCUUGGUGAGACAAGCGCGCAGACUCUACAAGGAGCACUUUGCCGAGGUCACUGUGCUGGACUUGUCAGACCCUUCAGUGAGGAAGCGAGAAGUCAUUGAAGCUUUGAGAAGGAACUCUUCUCUGGUCCUCCUGUGUCCCUAUGGCCACAUCAUGAAGCUUGGCCUGGCUAUCUUGGAGUCCAAGAUCAAGCAGCCUCUUGACAUCAUGACCUUCGCAAACGCUCACGUCAUGCGUGCAGGCGGCUUCCAUGCGCUAGCUGCUCAGGAAGACCUCAUCCCUGCGAGGCGGCGAGUCUUCCUGUCAAGCAGACAUCUGUUUGGAAUGGCUCCCGGCGCUUUGUUAGCCCCUGGUCAAGAGCCUGGCUUUCCUGAAGAGGCGCCACCGAGCAAGUUUGGACCUGAAGUGUAUCGCUUGACCCAUGAGGAUGCCGAGCGGCUCAGGUUGACAGUGCCGAUCGGCUUGCAAAUAAUCCGCUCAACGAAUGUGACGGAUGUGGCGCAAGAACUGGCAGAUUUGCACCUUCAGCUUGGGAUCAAGUCAAUACACAUUGUGCCAGACCAGCCUCGGUUGUCGGCAGCACUAGCACAUCUGCUGGAAGCUCAGACAGAUGGUGGCUGCACAGUUUCAACGGGAGCCAACCAGCCAGAGGCAUCCAUAGAUGCCAUUCUUGUUGCAGGAAGCUCUCCGAACUAUGUCCACCUGGCGCAAGAAUUCCCGCGCUUGGCUCGCUGGAGGAGCGGGAAGUCGCGAGGCUCAAUCAUUGUAGCGGGUGCGGCGAAGAACCAUGCCUCCGCCGUGUGGAUGGCCUUUGCCAUUGAAGAUCAACGAGCGGAGGAGGCCCUACAGCGAACCUCGGUGGAGUUCGGCCGGAAGGAUCGACGCUUGAAGUGGGAUGAGCUGCCCUUCGAGCUCCGCAGUUUGGUGAACGAGGGCAAUGCGCGGAAGCAGGCCGAGAUCGCCAUCGCUCGGGGUGUGGAGACACUGGGAGAUCCCUGGGAUAUGUGGCUCGGCCGACUCUUGGCGUACAGGGAUCGGCACAACAGGGUGAACGUCCGCUUCCUUGCCACGCAAUUUGGUCAUGAACUGGGCGCAUGGAUGCAGAAGCAGCGACAGCAGUGGGAAAGUGGGGCAUUGAAAGACCAUAAAGUUGCCCGAUUAAAAGGUCUUGGCGUCAUGCUGGAUCCAGACACAGAAACAUUUGCCCAAGGGUUGUCAGAACUUCGCAUGUAUGUCGCUCAGCACCGCAAGAGGACGGUCCCUGCCUUCCAUAUCACGGGCUCUGGCUUCCAGCUUGGUGCGUGGGUGCUGGAGCAGAGGACAAAGCAGCGCAGGGGUAAACUCAGCUUGCAGCGGCAGCAGCUGCUGAAGGAAGCUUUCUUCCUCUGGCAGCCGGCUGAGGCACCAGCCUCGAUGUUCAUGCACCCAGAAGAUCCAGAAGCCUCCGAGGUCACUCAUGCUAUCGAGGCCGAGCUUCGGAGCCUUCGAUGGCAGCCCAUCUCCCAGCGCCGCACCAUCUUCCGCUCCUUCGUGUUGAGGCAUCACCCGGACAUCUCCGACUCCCAGUAUGCAAACGAUGCGAUCAGGUUCCUGUCCGACGUCAAAGACUGGUUCUUGGCAGGGCACUAG